UGAUCACUGGCUCGCAGCAAGUAGAUACGAAAUAGCAGCCGCAGUCGCGAAGGCUCGCUGCUCACGGUGAGAUCGUGGUCUGUCUCGAUCGUGAGCAGAGAACGUGUCGUCGAUCGUGAUCGAUCGACCGGUCGUAUUCGGCAGAGAACGAGAUUCCCACCGUGACGAGAACGGACACGCGUUGUUCGGUUCGAGGCGCGAGAAAGAGACCCGUGAUCUCGAAACCUCGUUUCUUAUCGAUCGAUUGUCUCGAAAGAUUCGCCUGCGUCGACCGAUGAAUCUACGACCAGUAGGACGCGUGCGUGAUAAAAGACCGCGAAAACUACCGGUACGAGUCUGCGCAGUGACAGCUUACACUGCGAAACUUAUAGUCGACGUUUCUGCGGGAUUAGACACGUGGUUUGAAAAAAGGUAAUAGAAAAUUCCUGGCAGUUUGAAUAGGAUCUAAGUGACGUUCAGUGGACGGGUUAGGAUUGUCGGUGCGGUACACGAUCACAGAGUGAGGUUAUGCGUACGUUUGCUACUUUGUGCGGGAGAGAAUAGCGCGAAGUGCUCGAUGGACGAGCGUGUGUAGAGAACGACAGUGGUGAUUUGGUGAGAAAUAACGAAAGAAAUGCUUGUACGUUCUGUCGGUGAAUCUACGUAGCCUGGAGAAUAUUGGAAGAGUACCUGGGAAUAUCGAGAGAUGGAGAAUCCUUGAGUCGUGCAGGUGGUUCCGCCGCAGGCAGCCGCGAGAGAUGUGGUCGCGCACGCGAUUCUUGCUCCUGGCGUGGAUGAUCGUGUUGCUGUUCGGUGCAAAACUCAGCAACGGAUCGCAGAGGCCGCGUCUCGGCGGCGCCGUGAACAUCUUCAGCCGCUACGGCUACCUUAGCAUUAGCAUGAGAGUAGUUCCCAGAAAUGACACCGACACCUGGAUCUUCCGUGAACCUACGUUAGACGUUUUCAGGAAUCCCGUGCCAGUGACAAGCAAGCAACGGCAGCAGACCGCUGUGUUCGACGGAGACUUUCAUAUGGAGUUCUGCGACAACGUGCGCCAGCUGUUGCAGGCCUACUUCCGGGACUUCACGUUUGAACGGUUGGAGAGGCCAUGGCGAGCGUUCACCGCUAGCUGGUCCAAGGCGGCCAUAGCUCGUCACUUGGGCAUCAACUCAUCAUUCAUCACGGGUGAACACUGUUACGUGCUGGUGCGCGUCGCCAGGUUCCGGGACAACCAGAAGCUGGCUAGUACCGCAGAUUCGAUGAUCCUAGACGAGGCUGUUCUCCGGGAAACGGAGAAUGUCACAGUCGGUGAUACAGCCAGUGUAGUGCGGUUCAUCAAGCACUUUGGCUCGCACUAUAUCGCGGCUUACGUCACUGGAAACUCUUUGUACCAGGUGUUUGUGUAUACGCAACAGGCGUACCUUCGUAUCAAAGAGCGGUUGAAGACCCGUGGCGUCGCAGAUUUAUCGAAUACUGAAUUGAGCAAUUACUUCUCGCCAUGGUAUGCAGAGCACAUGGGCUCUAUACAGGCGGCUAGCGGAAACCGCACUGUCGAAUCAUGGGCGGUAGAACGACUUCGAAACCAAUACUAUAUUUUCUCGUACGCCAGUCUGUUGAAAUUGCACGGAGACGCAAUGUUGCUAAAGCAACUAGACGGACUGUUGGGGAACGAGGCGCUGCUGCAGCUGCAGCUAAAAACGAUCGCGCCAAUUUUUAAAGACCCUCGACGUCGCGAGUGGUUCCUCGAGGUGAUCGACAAUUACUUUAAGCUAUGGGAGGUAAAUAUGUGAAGUAGAAAGAGUCCUAAAAAGGAGAACAUUGGUACACCUCCGUUUUACUUAAGUAAUGUUACGUACCGGCCGAAUCUGAACGUGGAAGACUACGGUAUACGAGUACGUAUGUAUUCAGAACAAAGAUGAUGACCGAUGACUUCGACAGAACGAUCUUCCGUCGUUCUAGGACAAUUAUAGUGUUCGAAAAGUCGUUAGUCACGGUCCGCUGGAAGUUCACUAUUGUUUCUCCGUCAAACGGACGCUAGAAUUUAAUAGAGAAA